CAGUACCUGUCACAAAUCCGACAAAAACUCGUGUAAAAGAUCCGAGAAGGGUGGUGUCAGGACGUAGCCUUGCUAGGAUCAGUAAGGAAGCAAAAGCAAGAAAGGAGGCACAACUGGAAGCUAUCAAAGAAGAGGAGCAAAGCAUUACGGACACAGAGGACAAAGGUGAUGGGUCAAUAGUCACCCUAGAGAGUGUCGGCUUGGUAGUAGGUAUCGCCGUAGGGCUAGGAUCCCUUUACUUUAUGUGGUGUAGUCGUCAGGAAAAGAACGAGAAGCUUGAGGAAAAUAAGAUUGUAGAGGAGCCGGAACCUGUUGUUAUCACACCAAAGGGACCUGACUUGUUUGACUAA